UUUACUACCGAGCGUGUGACAUUCAGCGGGGAAGGCUAGCGCGGCCGGGGCUCCCGCGGCGCGGAGGCUGGGGGCUGUCUGCUCCUCUCACCCGGGCACCUCCUCGGCGGCGGCGGCGAGCUCCCCGCAGGCAGGCCCGGAGACACCCCCCAACCCCGACGGGACAGCCUUGGCGGGCGCAUCCCCCGCCCUCGCCCUGGUCCACGGUCUUCAGCCCGCCCUGCCCAGCCCGGCUCUGCAGGACGCUGGCAGCCAGCGCGAGGGGGACCCUGCCUCCCUGCUCGUAUAUGGCAAAGUUUCUCGCGGCGCUCCUGGGCUGCACGUUGCCGAGCAAGGGCGCCUCUCCCGUGCUGGAGGGCACCAUUUUUAGCACACUGGCUGGCGAGAAGUCCUCAUCUGACUACAAAAAGGAACAGCCAUGGAAGCCUAUGUACUGCAGCCUCGCUGCCGUGUGCCUUUCCAGCCCUCUCAUUGAGAAGCCAGGAGGCAAAGAAAGUAUGCCUCAGACACCUCCCUUUUCAGCAAUGUUUGACAGCAGCGGUUACAACCGAAACCUCUACCAGUCUGCAGAGGACAGCUGUGGGGGCUUGUAUUACCAUGACAACAACCUCCUUUCCGGGUCUCUGGAAGCACUCAUCCAACACUUAGUACCCAAUGUGGAUUACUAUCCAGAUAGGACGUACAUAUUUACCUUCCUGCUUAGCUCUCGGCUAUUCAUGCACCCGUACGAGCUGAUGGCCAAAGUUUGCCAACUGUGCGUGGAGCACCAGCGGCUGAGCGAAGGGGAGGGUGAUAAGAACCAGAUGAGAAAAAUUGCACCUAAAAUUCUUCAACUCUUGACCGAGUGGACGGAAACGUUUCCUUAUGACUUCCGGGAUGAGAGGAUGAUGAGAAACCUAAAGGACCUGGCGCAUAGAAUGGCCAGUGGCGAGGAGCAGACAUACCGGAAGAACGUCCAGCAGAUGAUGCAGAGUCUGAUCCGGAAACUCGCCGCCCUCAGCCAGUAUGAGGAGGUCCUGGCCAAACUCAGCUCCACAGCCACAGACCGGCUUACGGUUCUGAAGACCAAGCCCCAGUCCAUACAGCGUGACAUCAUGACCGUCUGCAGCGACCCUUACACGUUGGCCCAGCAGCUGACUCACAUUGAGCUGGAGAGACUCAAUUACAUUGGCCCAGAAGAGUUUGUUCAGGCAUUCGUGCAGAAGGACCCUCUGGACAACGAUAAGAGUUGCUACAGCGAGCGGAAGAAAACGAGAAACUUAGAAGCUUACGUAGAAUGGUUCAAUCGCCUGAGUUACUUGGUUGCUACAGAAAUCUGCAUGCCAGUGAAGAAGAAACACAGAGCGAGAAUGAUUGAGUAUUUCAUCGACGUGGCUCGAGAGUGUUUCAACAUUGGAAACUUCAAUUCCUUGAUGGCAAUAAUCUCUGGUAUGAAUAUGAGCCCGGUCUCUCGACUAAAAAAAACUUGGGCCAAAGUGAAGACUGCAAAGUUCGACAUUCUAGAGCAUCAGAUGGAUCCUUCUAGCAAUUUCUAUAACUAUAGAACAGCUCUCCGAGGGGCGGCGCAGAGGUCCCUGACUGCUCACAGCAGCAGAGAGAAGAUUGUGAUACCAUUCUUCAGUCUCUUGAUCAAAGAUAUUUAUUUCCUCAACGAGGGCUGUGUCAACCGUCUUCCAAACGGCCAUGUCAAUUUUGAGAAAUUUUGGGAACUGGCCAAGCAAGUGAGUGAAUUCAUGACGUGGAAACAGGUGGAGUGUCCGUUUGAGCGGGACAGGAAGGUCUUACAGUACCUGCUGUCAGUGCCCGUGUUCAGUGAAGACGCUCUCUACUUGGCUUCCUAUGAGAGUGAAGGACCUGAAAAUAAUAUAGAGAAGGACAGAUGGAAGUCUUUAAGGUCCAGCCUUCUGGGCAGAGUUUAACAUAAGGAGGCUGCUGCUGCUCCUGCUCUUGCAUCUGCAUCUCCAUCAAACAGACCCUGGAGGGGCUGGCCUUUGUUUAAUGGCAUCCAGUACUAGGAACCACCGUGCAGACCCUGCAAGCAAGCCCAAAGGCAGAUCAAAUGGGAAACUCAUUUCCCACAGCUGACAGAUUGACUCGGAUAUUUUUUUUUUUCUUCUGAGACUGAACUCUUCACUGAAGACACUUGAGAAAGAAUCCUCUGAAAGUCCCGGGUCUGCAUAUGAUUCAUCUCCUGGAAUUUCCAUGUGAAUCACAGCUCUGCACCUGGAUGGAGUUUUCUUUUGUGUGUGUGUGUGUGUGUGUGGUUUUGGAUUUUGUUUUUGUUUUUUCUUUUGCUUGAACUUUUGCUGCUAAUGGAACUUACCAGCUGAGUGCUGGCUCUGUGGAAGCCUGCGUGUGUUUCUUUAUUAAUUUAAAUGAAAAAGGGAGAGGAUGGAGGGGACCCCCUCCCCCAGUUUGGAUUGGACCUCAGCGUGAACAGUGUUCCAGAGAGGGCGAAGACUGUGGACCUGUGGACGUCUGCUGCAGACAUCCCCUUAGCACGUGCAGUAUUGUAAACGCCUCUCCCUCCUCUUCCUCCAAGGUUUUGAGUUGGCUGCUGGCUAGCAAACUCCUUCUUACCCAUAUAAGUUAUUUAAUAUUAUAAUGAAGCUCAACACUGUGGUAGGAAAAUAGCCACUAGGAAAAGAAGAAGAAGAAGAAGAAAAAAAAAAGCAGAGUUUGUCGCUGUUGGACUGCCCAUCCCGCUGGAAGAGCUGUGUUUCCUUCACCCUUCUGAGCUGUUUACAAUUGACCACUGUGUCCUGUAGAUGUAUUUUUCAGUAGUUCUCGUUUUUGUUGUUGUUGUUACUUGCUUUUCCAUGACUUGCUGUUCAUGUAAAUGCUCUGACUUCAAGGGUCCUGGAAACGAAUCCAUGACGUGCCCGAGAUUGUUUUUAACUAAUUUCUCAUUAUUUCCUGGAAUCUGUUGACCACUAAACAUGUAAACAAGGAGUAAAUUGGAAAAGUUACCUCCUCUCCCCCCUGGCAGUGCACAAAACAAGUGAAAACCCGCUUGCGGUUAACUCUCUGAUUAAUCUAAUUGUGAGCUAAGUCACCUUGUUAACAUCUAAAUAGGUCUGUAGUUGCUCUGCAGGCAAGCCUUUCUGUAUACUCUAGGAGAAACUUUAGAGUAGUGACCCCAGCUAAUGAAAGCCUGCCCUGCCAAAGUCCAAACCCAGAAGUCUUUGUUAACCCUUCUGUUGCCGUACUGAGAAUCAGCAUGUCUUUGUCCAACAGGCCUGAAUUGUCUCCAAGUUGUCCCUUCACAAUGUCAAUACAUUUUACACUCUGCA